AUUAAUGCUACGCGUGUUUGAUAACUCCACCAAACAUAACAGUUGUAUGAGGAUAGCUAAUGCCAUGAUUUACACCGAUUAAGCAAGUUGAUUCGACAACAACCAAUAUUAACAGUUUUCGAGAAGGCAUGGCAAGGCUACAGCAAGUUUAGGUAGUGGAAAACAAUUACCAAAAAUAUCAGUUUUUAAUGAUGUCGCAUUGGUACUCAAUCACAAUAAAAGAUUUGUAAUCAUUUUACUAUGGAAAUAUCCGACUUAAAAAGGCUAAACAGUUCUAAUCUCAAAUAUCUUUUUCUACUUUAAAAAGGCUAAACAGUUCUAAUCUCAAAUAUUUUUUUCAGUUCUCUCCCUACUAAAGAAACUACCGAAGCUUUUGCGAAUCUUGCAUAAGAAAAUAAUGGAACGCAACAAUACCCUAAUUUCGGAUCUCACUGAGUCGUCGAUAAAUGUCGAAGUCUGGGCAAAAAUCCUACGAGUAUGGGAAACGAAAACCGCUCCCAAUGAGAUAGAGCGUCAUCUGAUUGUGUCCGACCCGAAUAUAUUCAGACGAUUUGAAGUUACACCAUGCGAUAGUUUGAUUAGGAAUACUCCACAUGAAUUCCAGAUCAAAUUUUCCGAACGUACACAGGUAUUUUUUGGGUAUUCACUUUCAGAAAACCCAAUGUUUGUACAUGUUCCGUUCCGACAAGUUCUUCAAAUGAAUUUCGACAACAGAUAUCCUAUCGACUUGUUAGGAUGGGUUACGAAAUUUGGAACUUUAAAGGAGUCUGAGGAUGAUCCUUACGAGGAGAUAUUCGGUGAACCUAUCACUCAUAUUAGUUUUACCCUUAAGGAUGAAAGUGUGUGUGAGUUGGAGUGCAAAGCUUCAGGAGAACUUGCUCGAGAAUUGGAUAUGAAAAGUUGGAUGAUCAUGAAAUACGAGAAAACCUUCCUAGCUUUGCGUUUCUGGCGAGUUAACUGCAUUGAGCAAGGAAGAGUUAUGAUCACAGGCGGAGGGCCAUGUGCUACAUUCGAAUUCGAUCCAACUUGGAUUUAGUUGAUAAUUUUAUAUUGAUUACUCUGUUUGUUUAUGUUGCUAUGCUUUGGUAUUGUUUUAUUGACUAUGUUAAAAUUCUGUUAAACCGCGAUUAUAAACGGUGAAGUUAAAUUAAUUUGAGGGUUUUAAUGGCUAGUGAAGGUAAGUCAGAUUGAAAAGAAAGUUCAUGCCUUUUUAAAAGUUCAAGAUAAUAUAAGAUUUAUACUGAGAAAA